AUGGAUAGCGCCAAGUCGCGCUCAAACAUACACCGCCACCAACGGCCCGACGACAACCGGAACCAGGUUUUGCAUUGCCCUCAUUGCGGCGCGAACCUCGACUAUUUACAGCAGCCCAUACCGGAGGGCGCGAUAGAGGCUGCUUCUGCUCCUCAUCAUCCUAAUUCCUCCCGGGAAGGUAACGAGCCCGACACGCCAGGGAGCUUCGCUGAACAGGACAAGCUCAAACAACUGAUAUGCGCACCCAACAAAACCGACACGACAACGGGAGUUCCCCAUCUGCGCACGUUGCGUCCGGAUGUGCUGGACAAAGCCCAAGCGGCAAAGGACGACCACAACAACAAGGCCUUGACACGGGUGGCCACCAAGAUGUACAUCGCCAUGUGUCUCGCAGACGAAUACUCCGUCGAUAAGCUCCUCAGAUCACGACUCCAAGGAAAGCACUAUUGGGGCGGACCUCUCCGACCGGAGCACACUGUCAAGUGCGUCGGCGGUAUCCUGUAUGACCAGGAAUGGACGGGCAACCCAAGUCCGAGGUUCAUUAAGGAACCCGACCCCACCAUUCUGGGCGGCGGCAGCGACACCAUCUUAUCUCUCUCGCCUUAUAUCUUUGAGACGAUACUUCUCGUGGACUAUGGAUUCCCACCCUGUCCUAUUCGAGUCCCCUGGUGCUGGCCUAGAGAAGAUUUUAUCGGCCUCGUCUUGACCGAGUUUGAGCCUUUUUGCCGUUUCCUUGUCGCCAUAGCUUGUCGCUGGAAAGCCGGUUUUAUCCCGCGCCUCGCAGCGUGGGAGAAUCUCGCCCGUAGCAUGGAUGGGUUCCCUCGACCGUCAUCACUUGAGAUACAAGAUGCUGCUACUCUCAUGUAUUACUACAUUACCCGCUACAAGCCAGUCGACAGCAAGUCCGCGAAGCAGGGGUGGUCAGGAUAUACCGGGGUGUUACAGGAGAUGAUCAGAGAGGUUCCUCGGCGAGGUACUGAUCGUCUAGCCCGAAAAUUGUCGUUGGACAUCAAUGUUCUCAUCCCAGAGUACGUCACAAAUCGAGAAAUUCGGGAUUUUAUGUUGUACAAAGCUAGGCGUCUUGCACAGGAGUACCAGGUAUCAAUAAUGAACGCGAAGCGUGGCGGCGGAUGGUUGGAUACUGUGACGAAUCUGUUCUCGUUCAGUCGAGCGGCUGGGAAGGGAGAGGGAAAGGAAAAGAAAUUGUAA